AUGGACUGUUUGUCUGAAGGCCUGCUCCAGGUUGAGGGGACCAUUGAGCUUCUCUGGGAUCAGUUGACCCAUGGUCUGGUCUGUAGACACUGUGGCAGCAGUAGCUGCCUCCAGAGUCCAGGGAACCUCAUGAUACUAUUCUUGUUCAUGGUUUGGCAGAUCAGGAAGUGGUGGCACCUUGGGAAAUGGGAACAGAUUCAGAUAUGGUAUUCUGAGGACAUGCUUCAAGGCAAGCAAAAGUCAGAAGAGGAAGAGAAGGAAAAAGAGAAAUCUUUACUUUUACUGAAGCCAUGUUGUCUACCCAAAGAAACUCCUAUUAGACAGCAAGUCAAAACAGUCCUAUCUCAGCCAACCUGUGAUGCUGAAGACCUCUACCAGGAAACAAGGACACCAGAACAAGUACUUAUGCAGAUUUCAAGCAGAUCCUUCCCCACAUUUCAGACCCUCACCAACCUGCCUAUAAUGUACAAGGCAGCACCAGGGAGUCAUCGGCAGCAGGAAAGAAGUCAGCUCUUUUGGGGUCUCCCCUCUCUGCACAGUGAAUCCUUGGAGGCUAUCAUUCUAAGCUCAGGAGACUCCUCCCCCUUGCAAUUAUCUGUUAGUCCUUCUGCUUUAUUCAACAAGCUUAUCUUUGUGAGUAGGUCCAACCUGUUGCUUCCUCCACACUGUUCCCUAAUCCAGCACCCAAAUCAAGAAAACGUGGAAGGGACAGCAGCACCUGAUUCUCAGCAACUUUCCUCUUCACCUUCCCCUCCUGUUCCAUUACUUCCCCUUCAUAUUAAGCACUUUCCCAUGGAACACAAAGAAAUCUUAUGUGGUACUGAGCACAGAAGGGUAUCAUACAUCUUUGAGGACCAAGUUUUGUACCCACAGUCAUAUCUCCAAAGAACCAAACCUUCCUCUCCCCUUCCUUCAUCCGUGUUCUCGUGGGGAGUGGCACGGGACCCAAGCCUUCAACACAUUCCAGAUUCAAUCUCUGCAUCUCUGCUGUAUCCCUCCAGCCAUCUGGGAAUUCUUACUAGGUCUGAAUCCCCAAGGAAAACAAAGGGACAAAACGAGAAUACCAAAGUCUCUGAUCCAUCAACAGUAGAUGGAGGCAGCGUCCUGGGAAAUUUACCUGAAUCGAAGUUCCAAGGAGUAUGCAGAGAAAACUCAGGAAACUCCUCUGCCUUUGAGCCCCCAGCCUUGAAUCAAAAACCAAGGUUUUAUAGAAUCAGGUCUCCAUGUGUCCCUUCAGGAGCCAAAACACUACUGAAAGGUAUGCAGAGUCAAGAAAGUAUUUGGGUCUCUGCAGACUCUGUUUCAACUCCCAGCUUAGUCUCUGCACCGGAGUCCCUAAAAAAGAUCCCUAAGGGGAUCCUAUCUGAGUCCAAAGCUUUACAGACCAAGGAAUCGAAAGAGAACCUCUGGAUCUCUGAGUCCCUAGCACCUAGCCAUAAGCCACAUCUAGCUACUCCUAUAGACCCCCGAAUCUAUUCUGUGGAAGGCCUCCCUAAACUAGACACUGCAUGGAAGGACUCAGAGCAUUCGAGGAAUUCCUGGGCUUUCCAGCCUCUACCACUGGCUUUUAGUUCACCCCCAGUUCUGGUACUGGAGUCCCCCCAAAUUAGUCCCAUGGGGAUUCAGCUUGAUUCUGAGGACAGAUGUGGAGACACACAGGAAAAAAAGUCUUACAACAAUGACCAUGAGUUUGUAUUUAGGAAUGUGCAUCUACCAGAGUUUGUCCAGAGACCCAGUCCUGCAAAAGAAAAUUCCCUGCAGCCAAUGCCCUGUUUUCCCACUCCUGAAAUCCACAAAAUUGAGUAUAACUGGAUUUGCCUACCCGAGAACCAGAUUUUGCCAGAAGCUGAGGUGGAGGCUUUACCCUCCCAGGAAGAAGAUGGUCCACAGGUGGCCACUCUUAGGAUCCAAGCCUGGCAUUGGAGUAGACAGAUGGAACUAAAGCUGCAGAAAUUGCAGCAGAGACCUACUUCCAGAUCAUUCAACUCAAGCCAAUCUAUAAAGUUCCUAGCUCUGGGCUCAACUCCAAAUUGGGGACUUUCUUCCUGCUCCCCAGAGCAGACUCAAGCCCUCAUUCCAUGCCCCCAUUCCCUGCAAAUCCAGAGUACAGAAAUUCAGCCUGUCAAAGUCUGUCCCUGUCUUCACUUCCUUUCUCCUCAAGCUCAAGAAGGAUGUGGCAGUGCAGAAAAAGAGCCUCAGACAGGAGAAAAAAUGCAAAAGAUGGUAGUCAAGGUGUCAUACCAGAGGCCCCAAAUUCAUACAACUGGUAAAAACUGCCUGGGCUUAGGAGAGUUCUCAAAUCUUGAGGUGUCAACUUCAACCAAGAGAAAGGACAAACUUCACUCCAUGGCUGCAGGUUCUGAAGAUCAGCAAGGGACAGGAAUAGAAACAGGUGACAUACUGACGCCUCAGCAUUGUAAAUUCUGCCCUCAGGCACACAUGGAGAAACAGGUCUCCUCCAAACCUCAGGCCACCCUUACUAGGGAGCUCCGAAGGGUGUUAGGAAUGUUUGUGAGUACACACGGACCCCUGCACAACGAACUCAAGCAAAGCAGUACUGGCAGCCAGUAA